AUAAAAGUCAAGGCCAUUUGUACUACAUAAAGCCACAGAAAGCCAUAUAUAAAGUUCACAAGCCCACAAGACUGUAUUUGGCGGUAUUAGAAAAAAAAAAAUUCAAAAAAAAAAACAAUCUGAAAUAUUAAAUCCUCUUAUUAAAAUAACCAAAAUAUCACAAAUAUGAAUAAAUUAUUAACAGAAAUAAAAUUCCAAAUCUUUAGAGAACUUUUAAAAGAUUAUACUAAAGAUGGAUAUCCUGCUUUAAUGGUUAAUAGGGAAUGGUGUAAUAUUAUCAUAUCAAUAUUAUGGGAAAAUCCUUUCGUAAAAGGACAUCGAUUUAAUCAUUAUAAAAUUAUUCGUACACUUUUAUCAACUUUAAAUAAUGAAUCAAGAAAAUUAUUAAUUGAUAAUGGAAUAGAUUUAACAACAUCAAAAUCUGGUACAAUAUUUGAUUACGCAUAUUUUAUUCGUAAUAUUCCUUAUGAUUAUAUUUAUAAAGGAAUAAAAGAUUAUUUAUUAUUAGAAUAUGAAAAUGAAAAUUUUGAUAUAAAAGUUGAUAAUAAUUAUGAUUUAAAUAUAAAAAAAAUUCGAUUAAUAUUUCAACAAUUAUUAUUAAAUAUAAUAAAUAAAAGCGAAUCAAUUAAAACUAUAAGAAGAUUUCAUUAUGGAAUUCAAACGAAAGAACUUGAUAUUAUAGAAGAAGAGAUUAAUAAUAUU